AUGCUUUCCUUCCUUCUCUUGGCUCUUGUGGCUCACGCCACACCUAUAACAUGUCAAAAUAUACUUCAAAAGAGGUUAAAUAUACUUCAAAAGAGGUUAAACAUAAUCAUCCUGGCCGGACAAAGCAACAUGGCUGGUCGAGGAGGGGUCGCCAAUGACAGCGCGACGGGGAUCCCGAGAUGGGACGGUGACAUUCCUCCACAAUGCCAACCCAACCCUUCAAUGUUCAAGCUGAGUGCGAACAUGACAUGGGUUGAAGCCCGGGAGCCAAUCCAUGCAGACAUCGAUGCCAAGAAAACAAAUGGUAUUGGACCCGGAAUGCCGUUCGCCAAUGCUGUAUUGACCAAGGACCCCAACAUAGGGCUGGUGGGAUCGGUGACUUGCGCCAUUGGAGGGACCAGUAUCAGCCGGUGGCAAAAAGGGGAGUUCUUGUAUGAGCAGCUGGUGAAGAGGGCUCGACUGGCGUUGCAGAGUGGAGGAGGAUAUAAAGCCAUGCUUUGGUACCAAGGGGAGAUUGAUACAAUACAUAAACAAGAUGUUGAAUUGUACGGAGGCAGAUUGAAGAGGUUUUUCCAUGAUUGGCGUUCUGAUCUGCAGGCUCCUAUGCUCCCAAUUUUCCAGGUGGUUAUAGCAUCAGGACAGGGAGCCCAAAUAAAGAUAGGGCUUGGGAAUGUGAAAAGCUUGGACGCCAAGGGACUUUCUCUGGAAGCAGACGGGCUUCAUCUCACCACUCCAGCACAGAUGCUUAUAGGUUCUAAAUGUUACACCACUUCUUUGUAUUCAUACUAA